ACAUGGAGGCACUAGAAGCUAUACAGAAUGGAGCGGCUUCCAAACCCAUAUUCUCUAAAGACUCCUGCGUGGUCUUCACCGUCCUUGGAGCGUCGGGCGAUUUAGCGAAGAAGAAGAUAUUCCCCUCCCUCUGCAACCUGUUCGAAAAGAAGAUCCUGCCCCCAACCUGUCAGAUCAUAGGAUAUGCCCGGUCCUCCCUCACUACCAAACAACUUGCUGAUAAAUCUAACCCCUUCAUGAAGGCGAAGAACAAGGACGUGUUAUCGUCUUUCUGGAGUCACGUGAGCUACGUAAGUGGAACGUACGACACUCCUGACGGCUUCAUCAAGCUGAACGAGAAGAUAGAGGAGUUGGAGAAGGCACAUGGUAGUGAGAAAAGGUUCCGAUUAUUCUAUCUGGCUCUGCCACCCUCCGUCUUUAUCCCUGUCUGCACCCAACUGAAACACAACUGCUGGCUCGCGUCCAAGAACAAGUCACUCGGGAAAUUCACUAACUUAUUCAAUUCCGAAUGCAGAGUCAUCGUUGAGAAACCAUUUGGGAGGGACUUGGACACAUCAAACGAACUGUCUCAAGCUAUUACUGCCUUAUUCAAUGAAAUGGAAAUCUACCGAAUUGACCACUACCUUGGAAAGGAGAUGGUGCUAAAUCUCAUGAUUCUGAGAUUUGGAAAUGAGCUAUUCCGUUCUGUUUGGAAUCGUGAACGUAUUGCAUGCGUGGUUAUAACAUUUAAAGAACCUUUCGGGACAUAUGGUAGAGGUGGAUACUUUGAUACCAACGGAAUUGUCAGGGAUGUGAUGCAGAAUCACCUGCUGCAGAUCCUAUGUUUGGUUGCUAUGGAGCGACCUGUCAGUGUUGAUGCUUCUGAUAUCAGGGACGAGAAGGUGAAAGUACUGAAGUUCAUCAAGCCAUUAGAUUUGGACGAUGUUGUUCUGGGACAGUAUGUUGGUAACCCUGACGGUAAAACAGAGGAUUCCAAGCUUGGUUACCGAGAUGAUCCAGGUGUUCCUAACGACUCCAAGACGGCUACCUACGCCUGCGCUAAGUUGCAGAUAGAUAACGACAGAUGGGCGGGCGUUCCUUUCAUCAUGAAAUGCGGUAAAGCAAUGAACGAGAGGAAGGCGGAGAUAAGAAUUCAGUUCAGGGACACUCCCAGUGAUAUAUUCGGGGGGAACUGUCAGAGGAACGAGCUUGUUAUUAGGGUUCAGCCAAAUGAGGCAGUCUACUGUAAGAUGAACGUCAAGUCCCCGGGCAUGACAUUUGCGGCGGAGGAGUCUGAGUUGAACCUGACCUAUCACGAGAGAUUCGAGGAUAUAGACCUCCCUGAUGCUUACGAGCGGCUCAUCCUCGACUUUAUCCUGGGAACCCAAACUAACUUCGUCAGAACUGACGAGUUAGCUGAGGCGUGGCGUAUCUUCACUCCCCUUCUCCACAAACUGGACGCAGGAGCCAAGUGCCCGGUGGACUAUCCCUACGGUAGUCGUGGAGUAGCUGCAGCUGAUGAGUUCAUCAGGGCCAGUGGCUUCAAGUUCUCCGGCACUUACAAGUGGAAAGCAGAGAAGAAGUAAUGGGUUUCUGGUAUUUGAACUCUCCUGUGCGCGCACUCCGGCACGUGUGGGGUUCUGGAGUCUGAGGAUUCUGGGGUUCAGACUCUUGAAUCUUGACUCUGGGGAUUGAGCCUAGAUUCCAAGUGCGGUAGUAAUUCAAAGUCUGGGCUCAGGAAUCUGGAGUGGGAGUAGUGUAAUGUUAUGGUGGUUUUAGAUGUUUGGUGAAACCUUUAAGCCUACGUUUGUUGAACCAUGAUGUAUAGGAACAAUAGAAUUAGAUCAAGAGUUGGAAUGUUUGUUAACUUAGUAGUAUGUGGAAUGUUGAUUUUAUUUGUAAAGUUUUACUCUAUGAGUUUAGAUAACUUUGAUAUUAUAAAAUAUUUAUACUCUUCAUUGAUGCAGUUUUUUUCUGCUACCUAAAACUUGUUAGACGAAUAUAGAAAUCUGAUUUUGAACAAAAUGUUAUCCAAUCUGACCCAGUUGGAUGGCGAUUGAAGGGCCAUGAUAAUUGAUCUCAUAAACUUGAUCAAUCAAUAUUUAACAUUGUUAUUGUUAUUAGUUUAUUUUACCACUUUGACGAUUAUGUUUUUAAAUUCAAUAGAUUUAUUUGACUUAUUUCAUGUAUUGGAACAGGAUAUUUUAGGAAUUGUAUCAUAAGUUAGAGUUAGGGACACCAAGCCUUUUAAGAAAUUUAAAUGUUUAUUUGGUGUUAUGAUUAUGAUGUAAAUGUAAUACCUAUAAAUAUGAUAAUAUUUGAACAAAUUCCAAGAAUAAUUUGUCAUCAUUACUACAACAAUUAGGUUUGAUGAAAUUUGCCAUCGCAAUUAUAAUAUAACUAGCUAUUCACAAACGGACACAUACUGGAGAGAAACCUUAUUCGUGCAGUUUUUGUGAUUACAAAUCAAGUACAUCGAGCAGUCUUGCUAUUCACAAACUGUCACACACCGUAGAGAGCUACCUCGCCACUGUACUGUCUGCGACUUUAAAACGAGGUCAGCUGGAAUUUUGAAAAAGCAAAUUAUGUUGACUCAUAAUAGUUAAUUUAUUGAUAGGAAUUAUCAUUAAAAGCAUGUUUGAUAGAUUUAAGAUAGAGUUGUUGAACGAACACUAUGCGAAAAGUCGAUUAUUCGUUAUAUGAGUAAUAAUAUUUAAAAGUUGGACUUCUCUAUUUCAUUUUAUUGGGUGGUAUGGUUGUCUUACUUAUCACGAUAUUUUCGUAUUAUACCGAUACUGUGAGAUUUAGUAAAAUAGGAUAAUUUAGACACAUUCAAAUUUAAAUUGAUAUUUUUAGCAUGAUUAAUUGCAAGAUCUACGUUAAGAUUUGAUUAAACAUGAUUUAUAAAAUAACAGAUCAUAUUAAUAAAACCGUAUUAAAUCAGUAAUGGCUCCCAGAGCUCGAAUUAAUCCAGUUUAUCAAUUUUUAAUUAGUAUAUUUUUCUAUACCAUGUCGGCAAACUUUUGGUCGGCUAGAAUAUUAUGAGCGCUAUAACGACUACGUUCUUACCCAUAGUUUUCGUUGUUAAAAGUUUAUUACGGAUCAGUGUAGACGAGUAAACUUGAUUUCCCGUUAAUUGCUAAAUAAAAUUUGUUUGCGAUUGAAUGUUCAGUAUUUCUGAUGAUUGAGUCGUUACAGAUUAU